AUGGACCCAGAAGAACUAAAAGUUCUAACCGAGACGCUGAAAGAAAAAGCAGCGGCCCAACAUAGGCUACGUGUCCCAUUUCGAGAUAUCCAGUCAGAGCGCCAUCGCCAUGUUCUAGAUGGCGCAAUAAAAAAUGCCUUGGCUACUGAACUUGCGCAAUUCACGUAUGCUCAAAUCAUGGAUGGGCUACCCACCGGAGAUGUGUGUUUUGAGCGCCGUUUCCCUCAUGUCUUUGGUGAACAUCCUAUCGACUCAUGCCACGAUGAACUAUGUCCCGGGGCUUUUGACAAGGCCCAAGAGUAUUAUCAACAGUGGAACUCCGCCAUUCUCACUUUUGAUCCAAUGACCAUUGAGAAAUAUCAACAUGCCGAGAUUGGGUCUAGAGCUUUUAAGACACGUCUAGUAGAGCUAGUAGCCGUAGCUCUUCAUGAAAUCGCCGUUCUGUUAUUUCAGCUUGACUUCCAAUUACACAGAGGAGGAAAAGCAGACAUUGACUACGUUACCAACUGGAGGAUACCAGCCUCUGUGCUUGAAGGCCUUGUUGAUGUCCCGCCACGGCCGACUCUCUUUAGUCACCACGCCUAUCUCGAUGCAGACAUUUACCCGAAUGGAGUUGCUGACAUAGUUGGGUUUUGGGCUGAGGAUCGUAUCCUCGGAGGCGUAGCAAUCUUUGACCGUCGGGCAGAAACUUCAUCAGAUACGCCAAUGCCCAACAUCUACUUUCAUUCCUGUCGCCAUAAGCAGACUUAUCGCGUUUAUCAGCUUCGAGAUGAUCAACAAGAGGCACUGUUUGCAUUCCUACUCGCAGAAACAGACUGUCCUCCUCCUGAGCCCAACCCGCUCCCUAUUUUGAGUGAUGCACAAAAUCGCGUUCGUGUGGACUCAGAAUACGCCCUCACUCAUCAUGAGAUCUUUCGGGAUAUAUGGGAGAGAAAGCCAAUCACAAUUGAGCAGCGGAGACUCAUAGACAGACAGGCAAAGUCGGAUCUUGACUAUCCUGAAGCCCUCGAGGAAGUUGUCCGAAUCAAUGAGCAGCUUGGGUUUCCUAUCCCAAAAUUCAGAGAACGAUCACCAUCGGUAUGA